AGCACGACAACAUCGCGACAACGCGCAAUCAGCAGUCAUGGCCCCCGUCCCCCGCGUUUACUCCAAGACCUACAAGGUCCCUCGUCGUCCUUUCGAGUCGGCCCGUCUUGACUCGGAACUGAAGAUUGUCGGCGAGUACGGCCUGCGCAACAAGCGUGAGGUGUGGCGUGUCCAGCUCACCCUGUCCAAGAUUCGUCGUGCUGCUCGUGAGCUCCUCACCCUCGACGAGAAGGACCCCAAGCGUCUUUUCGAAGGUAACGCUUUGAUUCGCCGUCUGGUCCGCAUCGGUGUCCUCGAUGAGUCUCGCAUGAAGCUCGAUUACGUCCUGGCCCUCCGUGUUGAGGACUUCUUGGAGCGUCGUCUUCAGACCUGCGUCUACAAGCUUGGCCUUGCCAAGUCCAUCCACCACGCUCGUGUCCUGAUCAAGCAGCGCCACAUCCGUGUCGGCAAGCAGAUCGUCAACGUUCCCUCCUUCAUGGUCCGCCUCGACUCCCAGAAGCACAUCGACUUCGCUCUCACCUCCCCCUACGGUGGUGGCCGCCCUGGCCGUGUCCAGCGCAAGAAGGCCGCUGCUGCUUCCGGCGGUGCCGGUGAGGAGGAGGAAGAGGAGGAGUAAACGAUUUAAAACAGGAGUACGGACGGGUUUCGUUAGCGAAAUUAAAACUGCGGGGUUCCUUUAUGGCUGCAGUAUCGCGUAUCACGUUGUACGGUCUUGCAAUACCAUGAAUGAACAGAUAGCCUUCGGCUUACUUUCGUCGCCCU